GGGAGAGGGAGAGACAGGGGAAAGUGUCUGUGAGAGAAGGGGAAGGACUGCUGGCCAGAGAGAGAGAGAGGUCUGCUUGGAGAUAUCUUUUUCCAUCUGGGAACCAUCUGUGUUUCCUUGGCUUUGGAUGAGCCGCUUGGGCUGCUCCGGAGCUCACAUAUGUGGGAACACAAACACAUGCGUGACAUAUGAAGGCGUGGAGAAAGGGGAAAGAAGGUGGCGAGAAAGCUAGCGCAUUACAUUUGACGGAGAAAGGAAAACGACUAAACAGGGAGAAGUUCAAGGAGCAAAGAAGAGUCCUGCCAUGCCUGGUUCUCCUGUGGAUGUGAAAGCUCAUUCCAGAUCAGCGCCCUCCACCAUGCCACCCUUGCCCUCCGUCAAUCCUAGUGGCACCAGGCCCGUCUCCUUUCCCUCUGCCACAUUAACCAAUGGGAUCCAUCACUCUCCACCCACUCUGAAUGCAGUUCCCUCCCCACCUCAGCGAUACAACAAUGGACCUUCCUCAUCCUCUUCAUCGCUGGGAAACCAACAGCUUCCAGCAACUUGUGGUGCCCGUCAGCUCAGCAAGCUGAAGCGCUUCCUGACCACAUUGCAGCAGUUCGGCAACGACAUCUCACCUGAGAUUGGAGAGAGUGUACGCAGCCUGGUGCUGGCGCUGGUGAACUCUACAGUCACCAUUGAGGAGUUCCACUCCAGGCUGCAGGAGGCCACCAACUUUCCUCUGCGGCCUUUUGUGAUUCCCUUCCUCAAGGCCAACCUGCCCUUACUGCAGAGGGAGCUGCUGCACUGCGCCCGAGCUGCCAAGCAGACGCCCGCCCAGUACCUGUCUCAACACGAGCACCUGCUUCUCAGCACUACGCUGGCUGCAUCUCCUUCAGACUCCUCAGAACUGCUGUUGGAGCCCAGUGAAAGCGCCAAGCGGCACAGCCCCAGCAGGGGUAAAGAGAAUGGCUUUCACGAGCGUCCGCAAGGUCCCCUGGAGCCUCCAGCCAAACGUAUUUGCACGAUUAGUCCUGCCCCCCGGCACAGCCCUGCUCAUCCCCUGCCCCUCAGUGCCCAGCUGCACCCCACACCUCCACCCUUGCAGCAUUAUGCCCUGGAAGACAUUGCCGUUCCCCACUUGUAUCGAGAACCUCAAAGACUUCUGGAACUCAGGGAUCUGAAGGAUAGGCCACGCCUCCAAGGUACCAAUGGAGCAUACCGUGAAGAUCCAGUGGACCAUAGACUUACAGAGAGAGAGUGGGCAGAUGAGUGGCGGCAUCUUGAUCAUGUUCUAAACUGCAUCAUGGACAUGGUGGAGAAAACCCGGCGCUCUGUGAGUGUCCUGCGCCGCUGCCAGGAGUCGGACCGUGAGGAGCUGCACUACUGGAGGAGGCGUGCAAGUGAGCAGGACGAGGCCAGCAAGAGUGGGCAGCCGUCCACCAAAUCUCACAGCCCACACCUCGGGGAAGGAGGCCAUACUGAAGGCCUGAGGGAGUUUGCGCUGAGGCCAGGUCCCGGAUACGUGCCGGAUGAGAUCUGGAGAAAAGCUGAGGAGGCUGUUAACGAAGUGAAGCGGCAGGCGAUGGAUGAGGUCCAGAAGGCUGUGGCUGAGGCAGAGCAGAAGGCAUUUGAGAUGAUUGCUGCUGAAAGGGCCAAGAUGGAGAAGACCUUGGCUGAAGCCAAGAGGAAGGCCACUGAAGAUGCCUUCCAGGUCAUCAAUGAGCAGGAGGAUUCCAGUGAGUGCUGUUGGAACUGUGGGCGCAAGGCCAGUGAGACGUGCAGUGGCUGCAAUGCCGCCCGUUACUGUGGUUCCUUCUGCCAGCACAAGGACUGGGAGAGACACCAUCUGAUCUGCAGCCCGGGCCUCCAGGCCCAGCCCAAGCCCCUCUCUGGCGUGACCACCAGGGUUACAGCCAAGGCAGACAGUGGGCCCUCGUCCAGUCCCAGUGGGGAGAAAGCAUCCACUGCCUCGAGGUCCUCCACUCCUGUACCCAUCUCUGGAGUGGAAACCAGUGGACACUAAUCCCAUUUUAGCAGUGGGUGUUGAAGAUAAAAACUGUCAAAUGAGGAUGCCCGACUGUUGCACCAUCCACAUUUGUGGGUGUGAGGCUCAUGAGCUUGCUCAUUUUUCUGGGGCUCAUGAAGCGCAGAUAAAAUAAAAAUGACUCGGUGACCCUUUUCACAAACCCAGCAGAUAGGACUUGCCUCCUUCUCUUGGUCUAGAGAUGGACCUUCCCAAAGGACUGGCUUCUGGCUGCGUUAUGGUGUCUCGGUUCUUUUAAAGUUUCAAGAAUUCUAAGUACCUUGCGGACUUGACAGAUGAGUGUUACAAGGUAUGUUUAGCGUCUUUUCAUGUAAAAAUCAGGCAAAGCUCUUCCUUCCCCUCCAGCUAUAACUUUGAAGAAGGUUUGGUUACAGUGGCCAUUUCAUACUCUGCAAGUCAAGUUUAUGUUAUGUAUAUAAUGCUAAAGAAAUAAAUAUACUUGAUGCUGGCCUUAUAUUUGUAUCUGUUAUUGACCAUACAUUAUUCCACAGAAAAUGUUUCCUAGAGAUUCUAUACUUGUCUUCCAAAAUAGUGUUCUGUGUAUGGUUGUUGUUCAUCUUAUGCUCCCAGGAUCAUGUUCGGUUUCCUGUAUUUUCUGUAUUUGUUCCUUUGUAGGAAUCUAGGAAAUUUUUGUCAACUGGACACAGAUAUUUCAAGGCUUAUGGAUUUUAAAAGAUACUAUAUUCAGGUAUUCAAAGCAUUUUUAUGCCAACAAAACGUUAUUUUCUUAGAUGUAAUGUUGACUGUACCUGCAUGUUUCCUCACAUAAAUUAGAUAUACAGAAAUGUUACCUUGUGCUAACAUAAAUUAUGUUCAGUGCUGCACAUUUGUCACUAAUGUUAACAUAAACAAAAUUUUAAAAGUCGUAUGACAAAAAAGCAAAAAACAACAGCAGAGCCGAAAGAACUUCUCUAAAUCAUUUUUCAUGUCUCAGCUCAUAAGAUCUCAGGAGGGUGUUGUAUAUAAUUUAUUUGAUUAUGUUAAAUAAAACAUGAGG